UGCACCUACACCUUUCAUUAUAAGUAAAGAAUCUACGUAGUUAGCUGCAACCAAUGGGUUUAGAAAUCACCCCGUCAUUUCCAAUGUUGAUUUUCUCUCUUUUCUUUGCCUUCCUCCUCUGGGUUCUAAUACGGAAGAAUUUCAAAAGCAGCAGCAGCGAACCCCUAAACCUACCCCCUGGACCACGAAAGCUACCCUUUAUAGGAAAUUUACACCAGUUAAUCGGUGAUCUACCCCAUCGGAUACUCGCCAAUUGGGCGAAAAAAUACGGACCUGUUAUGAAAAUUCAAUUAGGAGAAGUUCCGGUAGUUAUAAUUUCUUCACGAGAAACUGCAAAAGAAAUAAUGACAACUCAAGAUGUCGUCCUUGCACAUAGGCCUCCGAUGAUAGUCUCAGAUAUCGUUUUCUAUAAGGCUACUGAUAUGGCCUUCGCACCUUACGGCGAACACUGGAAGCAGCUGCGGAAAAUCUGCAUGACAGAACUCCUCUGUCCGACACGUGUACGGUUGCUCCGGUCAGUAAGGGAAGAAGCAGUAUCAAAUUUCAUCCGUUCGAUCGCUUCCGCUUCCAGCGAAGGAACUCCGGUCAACCUGAGUAAAAUGCUGCACUCGUUAACGUGCACUGUUAUUUCAAGAGCAACCUUUGGCGACGAAUGCGAGGAACAAGAAGAAAUCAUACCAAUUGCUGAAGAAGUUGUGAAAAUGGUAACAGGUCUUUGCAUCCCUGACCUCUUCCCAUCUAUCAAAAUGCUUCCUGUUAUUACUGGAAUUCGGUCUAAACUCAAGAAAUUGCAAAAGAAAAUUGAUUUUGUUCUUGAGAAGAUAAUUAAUAAACAUAAGAAGGUCACGUCGCAGAUAGAAAUGGAGAAAAAAGAUAUUGUUGAUGUUUUACUGCAUCUUCAAGAGCAUGGCAACCUUGAACUUCCCUUGACAACAGACACAAUCAAAGGGCUUAUACUGGAUAUGUUUUUCGGAGGGAUAGAUACAUCGGCUACACUAGUAGAAUGGGUGAUGUCGGAAAUGAUAAAAAACCCGAAAAUGAUGCAAAAAGUGCAAGAAGAAGUCAGGCAAGUUUUCGGCGACACAGAAAACAUUGAUGAAGCAAAGAUUGAUAAAUUAGAGUACUUGAAGUUAAUUAUCAAAGAAACAUUAAGAUUGCAUCCUCCUGUUCCAUUACAACCUGCGAGACAGGCCAGCGACCAUUGCCAAAUCAAUGGAUAUGACAUACCAGCAGAGACGAGAGUCCUUAUAAACUUUUGGGCACUUGGAAGAGAUCCUAAUUAUUGGUCCGAACCUGAAAAGUUCAGUCCAGAGAGAUUUAUCGACAAUCAAAUUAAUUAUAAAGGAGUUAAUUUUGAGUAUUUACCGUUCGGUAGUGGAAGGAGGUUAUGUCCGGGUAUGGUAUUUGGCAUGGCGACUGUGGAACAUACACUAGCACGGUUACUGUACCAGUUUGAUUGGAAACUCUCGGAUGGUAAGAAGAAAGAAGAUCUAGACAUGAAAGCAAAAUUUGGGGCAGUUGCUAAAAGGGUAAAUGAUCUAUAUCUGGUUCCAAUCCCAUACCACCACAACAUGUAGCAGUUCUACAUAAACACUAGUUUGAUCUCAGCCAGAAAAAUAUUAUUGUUCUAAAUAAGUUUGUAUUCUUUUUUCUGGAUGUUCUUCAGUCAUUUUAAUUUAUGUUGUUGUUGAAAUUAAGAGCCGUUGGAUCAGCUCCAUUGGUGGAUUUUCUCCCUGUCGCAAGGUUUGAUAAUUAAUUAUUUUGUGUUUCAUUUUGUAGUUUGAUUGAAUAAAAAUAAAAAUUAAAUAAUUUUUCAGCAAA